GACGCGGGAGGGUCCAAGUGGAGGUAUAUCUUCAAACCAUCCCUCACUCCCCAUUCAAUUUGAUCACAACUCAACACAUCAGCUACAGCCACCAUUCCCUUUCUCUUGCCUUUUCUUUCUUUGUCUCCUUUCCUUUUUUUUAAAGCAGCUGUGCUGUGUAUUUUCUUGCUUAAAGUCUGCGACUUUUUCGACAACAGCGGAUUCAUAAUCACCUACGUUCAUUCCUCAUAGCAUUUUCUCUACUUCGAUAAAACUACACAUACACACAAAAAAAAGACAUCAUGCGUUUCACCAGCUACGUUACUUCCCUAGUGGUUGUACUCGGCACCACCUCCAGUGUUCUCGCUGGUCCCCUCGGCUUCCGCGGCAUCAAUAAGCGUGGCGGAGAUCACGGCGAUGUAGUAACAACGACCGUCCAGCAAACAAUCACGACAACGGUGGUAGAAGUCGCAGAUCCGACCAGCGAUCCGGUGGUACCCACGGUCGUUGUUGGGCCAACAGAUGGCAGCGAGAGCAUCCCUACGACCAGAUCAUUCGACAGCGAGCUUACGCCGACCGCGCCGGUGGGGGAGGGUGAGGUGGAGACAACGGUUACUGUGACGGUGGAUGAGCCUACGGCGACGCCGACCGAGACUGCGGUGGAGACAAGUAAGGGUAGCGGUGGCGGUGGUGGUGGUGGUGCUAUCCCGACCACGCGGUCAUUCGACUCUGAGUUGGAGACUACUGCACCUCCAGUGGAAGAAAGCCCGGCGGAUACGACUGUUACUGUAACGCUGGAUGAGCCGACGGCGAGCGCAACAGAUGAGCCGGUAUCGAGUGCAACGGAGGUGUCGGGUGAGCCGACCGGCAGCAGUAGCGGCGAAGCCGUUCCGACCACGAGAACGUUCGAUUCCGAGCUCACGCCUACUGCUGCGGUGGAUGAGGGCCCGGUCGAGACGAACAAGUCCGUUGAACAAGCAGCACCCACGGCCACCGAGGAAGCAGCAUCGAAAAGCACCGAGGAAGCAACGCCUACAUCUACUGCUGCCAGCGAGACCUCGUCAACCGCCACGGCCGAGCCCUCAACCAGCACCACCCCCAGCCCUGGUGAAGGCUCCACGGCGAUCGGCAAAUCCAACCAAAAGCUCGCGCUGGAACAAAACCGCAAGAUGGCCAGCAUCACCGCCGACGCAUCCUGCGACGCCAAAAACCCCGCGGAGGCAAACGUCUGCAUCCAGGGCAGCUUCUACAAGUGCGAUAAUGGAAAGUAUUCGAGCGCCUUCGCGUGCCUGAAGCCGACUACCUGCUUUGCGCUGCCCCUGGAGCUUGCCGAGGGCGUGAGCGUGGCUUGUGUUACCGUCGAAGAGGCGGCAAGGAGGAUGGGUGUUGAGGCGAGUGAGCUCGAAGGGAUUGUUGGCGGUGGUGGAAGUGGAGGUGGUGGGGAUGCGGAGACUACCGCGCCUGCUGCCCCGACUCCGACUGCUCCUGCGCCAGAGCCCACUACUCCUGCUCCUGAGACGAGCACCACUGCCGUCGAGGUUCCGACCACGGCCCCAGUGCCAGUGCCGACUACUACAUCUGAAGCGCCCAUCCCCACCACGGCACCGGAUGCUGCACCGCCGGUUGAAACCACGGGAGCGCCUGCGGUACCUACCGAGUCACUUGUCAUUCCCACAGAGGCACCCACAGUGCCACCGGUUGAGACCACAGAAGCCGCGGUAGUCCCGACCUCGACAUCCACUUCGGAUGCGAUCCCGACCGCCAGCCCCACUUCAAUCGACAACCCCGGUGGCGUCCCCCCACUAACCACUGACAUCGCCAUGGAACCCGCGCCCACCACCGCAGCACCAGUCGUCCCCACAAUCACGGACGCACCCGUCACCGUGGUAACGAGCACUGCCGUGGUCACCAUGACGACGUUUUUGACAUCCGUCGUUGCGACCACGCCCGCGCCCGAGCCUACGCCUAUCGCGACAGUGCCCGUGGGAAAUCCCAAUGCCCCGGUUGUUACGCCGGUUAACAGGCGGAGAUGGUAUUGAUGCGAGGGAGUAGAUAGAUAUGCGGCGGAUUGAAGUGUAGUUUCGUGAAACGAGGAAUGGCUAGCACUGCAUAGAUGGCGUUCGUGUUGCAUUUCGAAUUUUUAAAUCCUUGCGUUUUUUUUGUAUGGCUGUGUUGUCCUGUAGUUAGCCCUCGCGUCUGGGUCCUCAUGUGGUGGAUGUACAUACUCCUAUUUCUCUUCAUCUAUUGCAUGCGACUGGUCAGAUCAUGGCGAUUUAUGUAUCAUACAAAUACUGGUUUAGCUCGUUG